CCCCGAUCGAGACGAGUCCGGCGGAAAGAGAAGCGAGCGGAGGAGAAGCGGCCGCGAACGGCGUUCACGUCGGAGCAGCUAUCGCGCCUGAAAGCGGAGUUCGACGCGAACCGCUACCUGACCGAGAAGCGCCGCCAGGACCUGGCGCGGGAGCUCCAGCUCAACGAGGCGCAGAUCAAGAUCUGGUUCCAGAACAAGCGGGCCAAGCUGAAGAAGAGCACCGGGGCGAGGGGGACGCUCGCCCUCCAACUCAUGGCUCAGGGUCUCUACAACCAUUCCACGAUUCCCGUCGAGGAGGACGAGGACGUCGAGGACCCCGGCAGGCUCUGA